CAUAAUCCUGAUCGAGCUCUGCAGCCUGGUAAAUCCUAUAAAUAGGCAAGAUCACGAGGUUAGAAAACAGCAGAUCCGAAGGUCUUAUUUAUAAGUUUGAGCAGGCUCAAUAGGAGACUUCUCUGAUGUCUAAGUCAAGGUUGGAAGGUAAGGUGGCUCUUAUCACAGGUGCAGCCAGCGGGAUUGGUGAAGAGACAGUGAGGUUGUUUGUAGAACAUGGGGCUUUUGUUGUUAUUGCUGAUGUCCAGGAUGAUCUUGGGAAUCAAGUUGCUGCAUCAAUAGGCCUAGACAAGGUUAGUUACUGCCACUGCGAUGUAAGAGAUGAGAAGCAGGUUGAGGAAACAGUGAGUUACACGGUGGAGAAACAUGGAAAGCUGGACAUUUUGUUCAGCAAUGCUGGUAUUGUAGGUCCGUUAACUGGUAUCUUAGAACUUGACAUGGAUGCCUUUGACAACAUUAUGGCCACAAAUGUUCGAGGUGUUGCUGCCACGAUCAAGCAUGCUGCUCGCGCUAUGGUGGCUAAGAAUAUACGCGGAUCCAUCAUAUGUACUGCAAGCGUAGCAUCUUCUGUAGGAGGAACUGGUCCGCAUGGUUAUACAACAUCAAAACAUGCUAUUGUCGGCCUUGUUCGAGGAACUUGUAGCGAACUAGGGGCUUAUGGGAUCAGAGUCAAUUGCGUUUCUCCAUAUGGAGUUGCUACACCUCUAGCUUGUAGAGCUUACAAUUUGGAACCAAGUCAAGUAGAGGCCAAUAGUUGUUCCAUGAGCAACUUGAAAGGUAUUGUAUUGAAGGCUAGGCAUGUUGCAGAGGCUGUAUUGUUUCUAGCUUCUGAUGAAUCUGCUUACAUCAGCGGGCAAAACUUGGCAGUUGAUGGAGGCUUUACAGUGGUUAAUCACAGCUUUUCAACACUUUCAAAUUGAUGGUAUUUACAGUGCAGAAGCCAAUAUUUAAUAUAGAUUGGCUUUUAAUUCUGCUUCUCUGUAAAAUUUUAACAGCAAAGUUUUCAUUGCGAGUCAAACCUUGUUCCCAGCACAUUCCAUGUGCAUUUUCCUUAUAAUCUGCAAUGACAUAUUUUUCUAUUUUCUACUUCACAAAUCCAUCAGUCUUGUCUGCCAAUAUCUCAAAUCUAAA